GUCACCUCUCCAGAAAACCGUCCGCUCUUGUUGCUCCUUCCAACUUCAUCUCUUCCUUCCUUUCUACUUCUCCACCGGUUCCAGAUCAAACAAUGCGCGGGACUUCCUUUUCUGCGUCUUCUCCGAAAGCCAACCUCUAAGGAGUACCCGGGAGCGGGGUUCAGUGGCGGUUCGUACGUGUCGAUCAUCCUCAUUUUGUUGACGAGCAGCGGCGGGGUGGAUCGAUCGCCAUGUUCGAGGCUCACGUCCUCCAUUUGCUCCGGAGUUAUUUGGGGGAGUAUGUUCAUGGACUAUCAUCAGAGGCUUUACGAAUCAGUGUUUGGAAGGGGGAUGUGGUCCUCAAGGACUUGAAACUGAAGGCUGAGGCGCUAAACUCACUCAAACUUCCUGUUACUGUGAAAGCUGGUUUUGUUGGUACCAUAACAUUAAAGGUUCCCUGGAAAAGUUUAGGCAAAGAACCUGUUAUUGUUCUCAUUGAUCAAGUCUUUAUUCUUGCUCAUCCAGCAUCCGAUGACCGAACUCUUAAGGAGGAGGACAGGAUAAAACUCUUUGAAGCAAAACUUCAACAGAUUGAGGAUGCAGAAUCAGCCAUUCUUGAAGGAAUAUCCAAGUCAAAGCAGGGAAGUCCUCUUCCUGGAGACUCAUGGCUAGGUUCCCUUAUGUCGACUGUUAUGGGAAAUCUUAAGAUUUCAAUCAGCAAUGUACAUGUCAGAUAUGAGGACUCGUCAAGCAAUCCUGGGCAUCCGUUUUCGUGUGGGGUCACAUUGGCCAAGCUUGCCGCUGUCACAACAGAUGACGAGGGAAAUGAAACAUUUGAUGCAAGCGGUGCUUUGGAUAAAUUGAGCAAGUCCUUGCAUCUUGCGAGGCUUGCUAUGUAUCAUAAUUCUGAGAGUCUUCCCUGGAAGAUCAACAAGCCAUGGGAGAGUCUUACUCCAAAAGAGUGGGUAGAGAUAUUUGAAGAUGGUAUAAACGAACCAGCAGCCUGUAGAGGACCAGACUCAAAAUGGGCUAUUGGCCGGAACUACUUGGUUUCACCUAUUAAUGGCGUCCUUAAGUAUCAUCGUCUUGGGAAGUCAGAAAGAACUGAUCCAGAGGUUCCAUUUGAGAAGGCUUCUCUUGUACUGACAGAUGUCUCCUUAACAAUGAUGGAGCUACAAUAUCAUGACUGGAUAAAACUUUUGGAGGUUGUUUCGAGAUACAAGAUAUACGUUGAAAUUUCUCAUCUGAGACCUGUUGUGCCUGUAUCACAAGAUCCUUGUCUUUGGUGGCGCUAUGCUGCUCAAGCUAAUCUGCAGCUGAAGAAAAUGUGCUAUCGACUGUCAUGGGACCGAAUCCGACAUCUCUGUCAGUGUCGUAAUCGUUAUGUACAGCUGUAUGCUGGUUCGCUGCAAAAAUCUUCUGAUACCCAAAUGACAGAACUAAGAGAAAUUGAGAAAGAUCUUGAUCCCAAAGUUAUUCUCUUAUGGAGGUUACUUGCACAUGCCAAGGUUGAGACUGCAAAAACGAAGGAAGCUGCUGAACAAAGGAGGAACAGAAAGACGAGUUGGCUCUCACUUGGCUGGCACGAAGAUGCUGCAACUGAGCUAGAUGUAUCCGAGGGAGCACCAUUUGGGGAAGAAAGUCUCACAAAAGAAGAAUGGCAAGCUAUUAACAAUCUGCUCAGUUUCCAGCCAGAUGAGGAGUUGAAACCACCCUUGGGCAGACACAUGCAGAAUAUGAUAAAGUAUUUGCUAACUGUAUCUGUUGAGCAGGCUGCUGCCAGGAUCAUUGAUAUGAAUGGGAUUGAGAUUGUGUGCGGAAGAUUUGAGCGUUUGCGGGUUUCAACAAAACUCAGAAACCGGAGUAUGCACUGUGAUGUAUUACUUAAAUUUUAUGGUGUAUCUGCACCAGAAGGUUCAUUGGCGCAGAGUGUUUCCAGUGAGCAGAAGGAGAAUGCAUUAUCUGCCUGUUUUGUACAUACACCAGUAGGGGAGAAUAUUGACUGGAGGUUAUCAUCAACCAUAUCCCCUUGUCAUGUCACAGUUUUAAUGGAAAGCCUUGAUCGUGUUUUUGAAUUUAUGAAGAGGAGUAAUGCCGUCAGCCCUACAGUAGCCCUAGAAACGGCAAAUGCUCUGCAGAUGAAAAUUGAGAAAGUAACUCGUAGGGCGCAGGAGCAAGUCCAAACUGCACUGGAAGAACAAUGCAGGUUUGCCUUUGAUAUUGAUUUGGAUGCUCCGAUAGUUAGAGUACCUGUAAAGGCAGUUGGGUCUUCCACAUGUGAUACGUACUUUCUUCUGGACUUUGGUCAUUUCACAUUGCACACCAUGGAAAACCAGUCCGAUGAAAACAAGCAGAGCCUAUAUUCUCGCUUUCACAUAUCUGGAAGAGAUAUUGCUGCUUUUUUCACUGAUUCUGAGGAGGGUGAUUUCUAUUCAAUGAUUGAUAGGUGCGGGAUGGUUGUGAUUGUUGAUCAGAUCAAAGUGGCGCAUCCACAUUACCCAUCAUCACGGAUCUCUGUUCAAGUUCCGAAUCUUAGCAUUCACUUUUCUCCAGCAAGAUAUCAUAGACUCAUGGAGUUGUUGAACAUAGUAUCUAAUACAGUGGAGAGCUGUGAGCAAUCUACUGUCAACAACGUUCAGCAAAUUUCUGCUCGGAAUUCUGCUGACAUUUCUGCCUAUGCCCGAAUCCUGGUUUGGAAGGGGAUCGGCAAUUCUGUUGCCACGUGGCAGCAAUGUUUUCUUGUGUUGUCUGGAUUAUAUCUUUAUGUCAUGGAAUCUCCUGAUUCCCGAAGCCACCAGCGAUACUUGAGCAUGGCUGGAAGGCAGGUAAAUGAGGUACCAUCGUCAAGUGUUGGUGGUUCACCAUUUUGCAUUGCUGUGAGCUUGAGGGGAAUGGACAUCCAGCAGGCACUGGAAUCUUCUAGUACAUCGAUUUUGGCAUUUUCGGAUGAGGAUGAGAAAGCUACUUGGUUAAAAGGACUCACACAAACUAUAUACCAAGCUUCUGCUCCUCCAUUACUCAGUCUACUUGGAGAAGCAGGAGAUACUGGGGCUGAAUUAAGUGAGCCUCAUACACCAAAUACACGAGCCACCAAUCUUGUUGUCAAUGGGGUACUGUUGGAGACAAAAAUCUGUAUAUACGGAAAGCCAGGAGAUGAAGUCGACAAAAAAGCUGAAGAAACGUUGAUUGCCGAGGUUCUUGCAAGUGGGGGAAAGCUGUACCUGAUUCAUUCAUUAGGUGACUUGACGGUCAAAAUGAAGCUUCACUCGUUGAAAAUUACAGACAAGCUUCAAGGUUAUCCAUCUAUAAAUCCACAGUACUUACUUUGUUCUGUGGUUAAGAAUGAUAAGCCGAUUGCAUCCCCUCGCACUCCUGUGCCUCAGGGGAGUGACAUGUCUGUAGAUGGAUAUGAUGACAAUGAUACUUUCGCGGAUGCUUUGCCAGACUUUUUAAAUCUAUCUGAUUCCAUCUAUUCACCAAGAUUGGAUAUGUCUCACCCUGUAGCUGUCUCUGAUGUCUGUGGCCCUUCUGAUUUUGACUCUGCCGAAGAAAAUGCGCUGCAAAGGAAGUGCAUCUCAUCUGAAAUAUUUUAUGAGGCACUGGCUGAUGAUCACGUAGACUUUGUUUCUGUUGUCUUUUCCACAAGGAGUUCAGCUUCUCCUGAUUACGACGGAAUCGAUACCCAGAUGAGUAUCCGUAUGUCCAAGCUAGAGUUCUUCUGCAACAGACCAACUCUUGUUGCCUUAAUUGGUUUUGGCAGUGAUCUGAGUGAUGGGGGUUCUGUGGUGAGUAGUGAGGAUGUGGUGGAGAGUGUAGAUGACAAGUCAAAGAGUAAAGGAAAAACUGAAGAUACUGGGCAUGUUAAAGGGCUCCUAGGUUAUGGUAAAAGUCGUGUUGUAUUUGAUCUAAACAUGAACAUUGACAAUGUUACUGUAAUUCUCAACAAGGAGGACGGCUCUCAGCUUGCAAUGCUAAUUCAAGAGAGUUUCCUAUUCAAUCUCAAGCUCCACCCAAGUUCUCUCUCUAUUGAAGGCACAUUAGGAAAUUUUAAGCUUUGUGAUAUGUCUCUUGGAACGGAUCACUGUUGGAGUUGGCUUUGUGAUAUCCGUAAUCCAGGAAUUGAAUCUAUCAUCAAGUUCAAAUUUAACUCUUAUAGUGCUGAGGAUGAUGAUUAUGAAGGAUAUGAUUAUAGCUUGAGUGGUCGACUUUCUGCUGUGCGCAUAGUUUUCCUGUACAGGUUUGUCCGUGAGAUAACUGCCUACUUCGCACAACUUGCCACUCCUCGGACAGAAGAAGCAAUUAAACUUGAGGAUAAAGUUGGAGGCUUUGAGUGGCUAAUUCAGAAAUAUGAGAUUGAUGGGGCUACUGCAUUAAAGCUAGACCUCUCACUUGACACUCCUAUUAUUAUUGUUCCCAGAAAUACAACAAGCAAAGAUUUCAUUGAACUUGACCUGGGCCAGUUGAAGGUGUCAAAUGAACUCAGCUGGCAUGGUUGUCCUGAGAAAGAUCCAUCAGCUGUUCACAUGGACGUCCUUCAUGCCGAGAUUCUGGGCAUCAACAUGUCUAUAGGGAUUGAUGGUUGUUUAGGCAAACCUAUGGUACGGGAAGGCCAAGGGCUGGACAUUUAUGUCAGGCGCAGCUUGCGGGAUGUGUUCAGAAAAGUGCCAACCUUUGCGCUUGAAGUUAGGGUGGGGUUUCUGCACUGCGUCAUGUCAGAUAAGGAAUAUAAAGUGAUUUUGGAUUGCAUAUCCAUCAAUUUGAAUGAAGAACCAUCUCUUCCUCCAGUCUUUCGUGUUAGCAAAUCUGAUAAAAAAGAUCCAAUGCAGCUGUUGGUGGAUAAGGUCAACAUGAAUAGUCAAAUGCUACUUGCGCACAGCGUUAGCAUAAUGGCUGUGGAAAUAAAUUAUGCUCUACUGGAGCUGUGUAAUGGUGUUCAUGAAUCACCUUUGGCUCAUCUUGUCCUUGAAGGCCUUUGGGUAUCAUACAAGACUACUUCAUUGUCGGAAACAGAUCUAUAUGUUACUAUCCCCAAAUUUUCUAUUGUAGACAUUCGUCCUGGGACAAAACCUGAAAUGCGCUUGAUGCUUGGAUCUUCAGCUGAUGCUAAUAAACAAGCUUCUAGUGGAAGUCUGCCACAUCCCCUAAACAAGGGCAGUUUUCGCAGGGUCAAUUCUGCUGCUAUCCUUGAGGCGGAUAUAAUAAAUUCAACCAUGUUCUUGCUGGAUUAUAGAUGGCGACCUUCUUCUCAGUCAUACAUGAUCCGCAUUCAACAACCCCGUAUCCUUGUUGUACCUGAUUUCCUUCUAGCCGUGGGUGAAUUUUUUGUGCCAUCACUUGGCCAAAUAACUGGACGGGAAGAGUCAUUGGACCCAAAGAAGGAUACCAUUUACAAAAGCAAUUGCAUAGUGCUGCGUAACCCUGUUUACAAGCAAAGUGACGAUGUGGUGCAUUUGUCUGCUAAUAGACGUCUAGUAGCCGAUUCGAAGGGAGUUGAUGAAUAUACUUAUGAUGGCUGUGGUAAUACUAUAAUAUUAAGCGAUCAGAGCUGUCUGAAAGAAGCAGAUAAUUUUUCUUUUCAACCAAUCAUUAUUAUUGGACGUGGUAAAAGGUUGCGUUUUGUUAAUAUAAAAAUUGAGAAUGGUUUCCUUUUGUCGAAAUACACACACCUGAGUAAUGAUAGCAGCUACUCGAUCUCCAUUGAAGACGGUGUGGAUAUUUCGUUGUUAGAGAACCCUUCUCCUGAAGAGAGGCUUCUGGAUUAUAUGCAUGAAAGAUCUGGCAAAUCAAACACUUUCAACUCCCAAAUUAACUCUGAUGUUCUACCAAGCGUUUCUUUUGAAGCUCAGGUUGUCUCUCCUGAGCUUAGAUUCUACGACAACACAAAAUCGUCACUUGAUGAUUCUUCUUAUGGUGAAAAGCUUCUACGUGCAAAAAUGGAUUUGAGCUUCAUGUAUGCAUCGAAAGAAAAUGAUACGUGGAUUCGUGCAGCAGUAAAGGAUCUUUCGGUGGAGGCUGGAUCUGGGCUGAUGAUUCUGGAUCCAGUGGAUAUUUCAGGAGGAUAUACUUCUAUUAAGGAUAAAACAGAUACCUCUUUGAUAUCAACGGAUGUAUGCUUCCACCUUUCUUUGAGUACCAUUUCCCUUUUGCUUAACCUGCAGAGUCAAGCAACUGCAGCCUUGCAAUUUGGAAAUGCAAUUCCUCUUGCUCCUUGUACCAACUUUGAUCGAAUCUGGGUCUCUCCUAAAGAAAAUGGCUCUCGUAACAAGCUAACCUUUUGGAGGCCUCGAGCUCCAGCGAAUUAUGUUAUACUUGGAGAUUGUGUGACUUCAAGGCCAAUUCCCCCCUCAGUUGCAGUGAUGGCUGUGAAUAACUCAUAUGGACGUGUGCGGAAGCCAAUUGGAUUUAAUCUCAUUGCCUUGUUAUCUGAAAUUCAAGUAUUUGAAUGUGCAGGCGGUUCGGAGUUAGAUUCUGAUUGUUCUAUAUGGAUGCCUAUUGCGCCACCAGGCUACGCAGCUUUGGGUUGUGUAGCACAUGUAGGAAGGCAACCGCCACCUAAUCACGUUGUUUAUUGCUUGCGCUCCGACCUUGUAUCAUCUACAACAUAUGCAGAAUGCUUACUUUGUGCUCGCCCACAGCCUAGUUCUUCGUCAGGGUUCAGCAUUUGGCGUAUGGACAAUGUGAUUGCUUCCUUUUAUGCUCAUCUUUCAAGUGAAUACCCUCCCAGAGAUAGCAGUUGUGACCUCAGUCAUCUUCUUCUAUGGAACCACGUAAAUCAUUCUUCACCAAAAGACACUAGACUGGAUACAAAUGGCGACGACUCUGUGGAAUUAAAGAAACGUGAAAAUGUUGGUGAAAAUUCAUCCAGGUGGGAUGUUAUCAGAUCAGUAUCAAAAGCAACAAAUUGCUAUGUGUCAACACCUAACUUUGAGAGGAUAUGGUGGGACAGAGGUAGUGAUGUCCGACGACCAGUCUCUAUAUGGCGACCUAUUGCUCGUCCUGGUUAUGCUGUUCUAGGGGAUUGCAUUGCUGAAGGGUUGGACAUUUUUAUAUGCACUUUUUCAUACCUGUGCUUGGAAGCACCUGCUCUGGGCAUAAUUUUUAAGGCUGAUAGUACUGAGUUUGCUUCAAAACCUGUGCAAUUCACUAAAGUUUCUCAUAUAAUGGGGAAAGGGAUAGAUGAAGUCUUCUUCUGGUACCCAAUUGCACCUCCUGGUUAUGCUGCACUUGGAUGCAUUGUCACGCGUGUUGAUGAACCUCCAUCUGCAAAUUCAUUUUGCUGUCCAAGGAUGGAUCUUGUGAACCAAGCAAAUAUUAUUGAAGUGCCUGUUUCGAGAUCUUCAAACUCAAAGGCUUCUCAGUGCUGGACCAUUUGGAGAGUGGAAAAUCAGGCCUGCACUUUUCUUGCUCGUUCCGACCUUAAAAAGCCCUCAAGCAAAUUGGCGUUCUCAAUUGGUGAUUCUACAAAGCCAAAGUCAAGGGAGAAUGUGACGGCUGAAAUGAAGAUAAAAUGUUUCUCUGUCACUGUUUUGGACAGUUUAUGUGGAAUGAUGACACCUCUUUUUGAUUUCACAAUCACCAAUAUUAAGCUGGCAACCCACGGUCGUAUGGAGUCAAUGAAUGCUGUACUAAUUUCAUCCAUUGCUGCAUCAACCUUUAACACUCAAUUUGAAGCAUGGGAGCCACUCGUGGAACCAUUUGAUGGGAUAUUCAAGUUUGAAACCUAUGAUACAAAUGUCCACCCGCCAUCACAAUUUGCGAAGAGAGUACGAAUUGCUGCUACUAGUAUCCUGAAUAUGAAUAUCAGCGCAGCAAAUCUGGAGACUUUUGUGGGGACCCUUUUUUCUUGGAGAAAGCAGUUGGAAAUUGACAAGAAAGCAACUAAACUAAACGAGGAUUCUGGAAGUCGGCAUAAGCCAGGAGAAGAAGCCGCUUUGUCUGCUCUGGAUGAGGAUGAUUUCCAGACAGUUGUAGUUGAAAAUAAACUCGGUUGUGAUUUGUAUCUGAAAAGAGUUGAAGACAAUGUUGACGUUGUUGACCAGUUACACCCUAAUGAUAGCUUUUCUGUGUGGGUUCCACCAUCAAGAUUUUCUGAUAGGUUAAAGGCUGCAGAUGGAUCUAGGGGAGCGCGUUGUUAUGUUGCUGUGCAUAUUUUUGAAGUCAAGGAUCUGCCCAUUCUUGAUGACGGUAACAGCCACAACAUGUUUUGUGCUCUACGCCUUCUUGUUGAUAGUCAGGCAACGGAUCAACAGAAGUUUUUUCCUCAGAGUGCAAGGACUAAAUGUGUGAAACCCUUGCUUGACGAACUUGCUAUCGGCACUGCUAAAUGGAAUGAAUUGUUCAUAUUUGAAAUUCCUCGGAAGGGACAUGCUAGGUUAGAAGUGGAGGUGACAAACCUUGCUGCCAAAGCUGGAAAGGGUGAAGUUGUUGGUGCACUUUCACUGCCCAUUGGACAUGGAGCAGCUCUGUUGAAGAAGGUUGCUUCAGUUAGGAUGCUGCAUCAACCGCACAACAUUCAGAAUAUUGUUUCACGUCCUCUGAGAAGGAAGCAUGACAAGGAUGAUGACAUGCAAGAUUCUGGAUACCUGUCAGUGUCAACUACAUAUUUUGAGAAAAGUUUGCUGACUAAUACGCAGAGAGGGAAAGAAACCGGGGAUUCUACCAAUAGAGAUACAGGUUUCUGGGUUGGACUUAACUCCAGUGGUUCAUGGGAGAGCAUUCGUUCCUUGCUACCUUUGUCAGUAGUUCCGAAGUCACUGCAGAAAGACUUUAUUGCCAUGGAAGUUACCAUGAAAAAUGGAAAGAAGCAUGCAAUUUUUAGGGCCCUUGUAACAGUGGUUAAUGAUUCAGACAUUAAGUUGGAUAUAUCAGUGCGCCCUAUGUGUAUGGUUGAUGGUAAUAAUCCCCUUUCCGGUUCCCAGAAUUCUACUGCUUUCAUAGAAGAGGUUUUUGAAAAUCAAUGUUUUCAUCCAACUUAUGGUUGGGGAAGCCAGUGUCAGAGUUCUCAAAGCUCUGAUCCUGGUCGAUGGAGCACAAGGGACUUCUCCUCGUCUUCAAAGGACUUCUUUGAACCUCCUUUACCACCUGGAUGGCAAUGGGCUUCUAGUUGGAUUAUUGACAAAUCUGAGGUGGUUGAUGGUGAUGGCUGGGCAUAUGCACCUGACUUUCAUAGUUUUAAGUGGCCUCCAACUUCACACACAAACUCCUCUCUUGAUGCUGUCCGCAGAAGGCGAUGGGUUCGAAGACGUCAAGAAGUACAUACAAGAUUCAAUAAGGACAAUAGUGACUUCGUCAUAGAUCCUGGAUCCUCAGCUGUUUUGCCAUGGCACAGUACAUCGAAAGAUUCUGAUCACUGUUUACAAGUUCGGCCUUCUGCUGGUCAUUCUCAAUCUGCAUAUUCAUGGGGCCAAGAAGUGAGUGUUGGUUCUUCUGAUGGACUUUGCAAGGAUCAAACCCUGACUGAUAAAGCCGUGCUUGCUACGCAAUGCACAUUGAAGCAGGGGAGUAAAAUGCCUGUUGCUUUUAAAUUAAAUCAGCUUGAGAAGAAGGAUGUUCUAUGUUGUUGUUCUAGCACUGAAAACAAACAAUUUUGGCUCAGUGUAGGAGCUGAUGCUUCGGUUCUUACCACAGAGCUUAAUAAGCCUGUUUAUGACUGGACAAUAUCCAUCAACUCUCCGCUGAAGUUAGAAAAUCAGCUAUCUUGCUCAGCUGAAUUCACAAUUUGGGAAAAGGCUAAAGAAGGUGGUUAUACAGAGCAACAACAUGGUGCAAUUUCCUCAUGGGAGAGUGUUCAUAUCUAUUUUGCUGAUAUCCAUAAGCCAAUCUAUCUUACGUUGCUUGUUCACGGUGGUUGGGUUAUGGAGAAGCCUCUUAUCCUACUUCUGGAUCUUGCUUCAAGUGAUCGCUCUUCAUCAUUCUGGAUGGUCCACCACCAAAGUAAAAGGAGGCUACGUGUGAACAUUGAGCGAGACAUGGGAGGAAGCAUCACUGCUCCAAAAGCAAUUAAGAUCUUUGUUCCAUAUUGGAUUGUAAAUUCUUCAUCUCUGCCAUUAGCAUAUCGAGUUGUAGAAACAGAGGGUAUAGACAGCACAGAUUUGGAUUCACAGUCACUUUCUAGAGUAAAUUCCGUGAAACAUACCUCAAAAGCUACCACAAUGGAGAGGCGACCCUCUAGCAUGAAAAGAAAUGCUGACGUUGUUGAGGUAAUUGAGGAUACAAGCCCGGUACCAAGUAUGUUCUCACUGCAGGACCCUGCUGGUCGUAGUGGGGUAACAGUACUGUUCCCGUCGCAGAAAGAUGCAUUCCUAUCUGCACGAGUUGGGCUGGCUGUUGCUGUUCGACAUUCUGACUCCUACAGUCCUGGGAUAUCACUCCUUGAGCUGGAAAAGAAGGAAAGGGUUGACGUGAAAGCUUUUAGUUCGGAUGGAUCAUACUACAAGCUCUCAGCCCUGCUGAAGACCUCAGAGAGAACAAAGGUUGUUCACUUUCAGCCACACACCUUGUUUGUGAACAGGGUUGGUUCCAGUCUCGGUCUUCAGCAGUGUGAUUCUCACUUGGUGGAAUGGGUUCAUCCAACGGAUCCUCCAAAGCCUUUUAGAUGGCAGUCUUUUGCCAGAGUUGAGAUGUUGAAGCUGCGGGUUGAAGGAUACCAGUGGAGCAUGCCGUUUAGCGUUUACAAUGAAGGCACAAUACGUAUCUCCUUAAAAAGUGAUGUGGGAGAUAAUCAACUGCAGCUAAAGAUACAAGUACGAAAUGGUACAAAAACCUCGCGAUAUGAAGUUAUAUUCCGUCCAAACUCUUCAUCCAGCCCUUACAGGUCAGGUCAGCAGACAUUAACUUCCUUUUUAAACCCUUCCUUUUUCAUGAAAAAUAGAUCUCGUUGGGUUGAAAAUCGUUCCAUGUUCUUACCCAUUCGGUUUAGGCAAGUGGAUGGUGUUGGUGAUUCAUGGAAACUUAUCCUUCCCAAUACAUCCAGUUCCUUCUUUUGGGAAGAUCUUGGUAGAAAAAGGUUUUUGGAACUCUUCAUAGAUGGUUCUAACUCAUCGAAAUCAUUGAUGUUUGACAUUGAUGAGAUUUCUGAUCACCAGCCCAUCGAGGAAGAGGAUGGACCUUCUAGAGCCUUGCGUGUUACAGUACGCAAGGAAGACAAGGUUAAUGUUGUGAAGAUUAGCGAUUGGAUGCCAGAAAGUGAACCUACAGGUGCUGUAGGGGUAAGAGGACCUUCGUCAUUGUCACAGCUACCUGGGAAUGACUAUCAACGACAGCAGUUUCCAUCUAACUCGGACUCUGAAUUCCAUUUUAUCUUGGAGCUUGCGGAGCUUGGAAUCUCCAUCGUUGACCAUACACCUGAGGAGAUUUUAUACAUGUCAGUGAAAAAUCUGCUAUUGGCAUAUUCUACCGGUUUGGGGUCUGGGUUCAGUAGGUUCAAGCUAAGAAUACACGGAAUACAAGUGGACAACCAGCUGCCAUUAACUCCCAUGCCCGUUCUUUUUAGGCCACAGAAAGGUGGAGAUGAGGCAGAUUAUAUCUUGAAGUUUUCCAUGACAAUGCAAUCGAAUGGCUCGCUUGAUCUUUGUGUCUAUCCGUACAUUGGAUUCAGAGGACCUGAUAUUGCUGCCUUUUUUAUAAACAUUCACGAACCUAUCAUUUGGCGCCUCCAUGAGAUGAUGCAACAAGUCAACUUCAGUAGAUUAUAUGAGACACAAACAACUACUGUUUCUGUCGAUCCGAUCAUUGAAAUUGGCGUUCUCGACAUUUCUGAAAUUCGGUUUAAAGUAUCAAUGGCCAUGUCACCGAGUCAGCGACCAAGAGGAGUGCUUGGAUUCUGGUCAUCUUUGAUGACUUCUUUGGGCAACACUGAAAAUAUGCCUAUAAGAGUGAAUCAAAGAUUCCAUGAGAACGUGUGCAUGAGGCAGAGUACAAUGAUUAGCAUUGCCAUUACAAACGUUAAGAAGGAUAUUCUUGGGCAGCCUUUGCAACUUCUCUCUGGUGUUGAUAUACUGGGUAACGCAAGCAGUGCCCUUGGACUCAUGAGUAAAGGUGUUGCUGCUCUGUCAAUGGAUAACCAGUUCAUCCAGGGUCGUCAAAGACAGGAAAACAAAGGAGUGGAGGACCUUGGUGACGUCAUCGGAGAGGGAGGAGGAGGAGCUUUUGCGAAGGGGAUAUUCAGAGGGGUGACUGGUAUAUUGACAAAGCCACUAGAAGGUGCAAAAUCUUCCGGGGUAGAGGGAUUUGUCCAGGGUUUUGGAAAAGGAAUAAUUGGUGCUGCUGCUCAACCGGUUAGUGGGGUUCUGGAUCUUCUGUCGAAAACCACAGAAGGUGCCAAUGCAAUGAGGAUGAAGAUAACAUCUGCCAUAACAUCAGAAGAGCAGCUUCUUCGAAGGAGACUGCCUCGUGUUAUUGGCGGUGAUAAUUUGGUUCGACCAUACAAUGAGUACAAAGCCCAAGGCCAGGUUAUACUGCAACUGGCAGAGUCGGGUUCAUUUUUCGGCCAGGUUGAUCUAUUUAAAGUACGUGGGAAGUUUGCUUUAUCAGAUGCUUAUGAAGAUCAUUUCAUUCUCCCUAAAGGAAAGAUUGUCAUGGUCACACAUAGGAGGGUGAUGCUAUUGCAACAACCAUCAACCAUUAUCGGGCAGAGAAAGUUCAACCCGGCUGGGGAUCCAUGUUCAGUACUUUGGGAUGUGCUGUGGAGCGACUUGAUGACGAUGGAGCUGAAUCAUGGGAAGAAAGACCAACAAAAGUCCCCGCCUUCAAAGCUGCUCAUAUAUCUACAAAGUAGAUCGACAGAGUUGAGGGAACAAUUUCGUCAAAUUAAAUGCAGUCGUGAAACUGAUCAAGCUCUCGAGGUUUACUGUUCAGUUGAAAGAGCAAUGAACACAUAUGGACGGGAUACACUACGGGAAUUGCUGAAGAACAAAGUGAUGAAACCAUAUUCACCAAGUUUAGAAGGGGCCAAUACGGAAGCAACUGCGAAAGAAGGGGCUCCUGCCUGGCCGCCUCCACUGCCCCCUAGACAAGGAUCAAAUUUGACAUUCGGCAGCAGCUCUGGCUAAUUCCAGGAUUCAAUUUCCACCUGCAAGCUUUUUGAGGAAACAAUGUGGGAUGAACUGCUAUAAAAAAGGUAUGAAUUAAACUCGUUCGCCUGGGCUUACACCUGAUAAAAGAAUGGUUCUUCAGCCUGAACAUUCGUCGAGGCUCGGUUAAUUUCCCACAUAUCAAACGCUGCCUUGCUUCAGUGGAGAAGUGAAAUGAGCAAUUCAGAUGGUUGUAUAAACUUCGCUUGAACUUAAGAUUGGGAGUCUGCUGUGUCUGACAUUUUAUCAUGCAGGUUUAUCCAUAAGGUCGUCAAUGAUGGUAUAAUGUAAAGGAUUGGUUGCCGCAAGGAAGAAAAUGUCAGAUUCAAUUUGCCUGCUGAAAAGGAGUUUUUUUUUGUAUAGUAGGUUUACACAAGAAUAUCAAAUGGGGAAUUUAUCAACUAUCAAGUAUAGAGACACAGGAGAGAGAUUGCAAAUUAGGUGUUCGGCUUCUAACACCGGCCCUGCCUGCUUUGUCUUCUGCACUUUCAGUUUUGUAGUCUUAAGUUCCCGUGACGAUCGAUUUAGGGUUGUUACAUUGAACAAUAGAAAUAGUCAGAGGACAUCACACCUCUCUUUUUUUCUUCUUUUUUUUUUCUAGGACCCUCUUCGUUGAACAAAAGUCACAAAUUCAUGAAAAAUUAUUUGUUGUUUCGUUGGGGUUCGUGAAAUUUGUACUAAUUUAUUGUGAUUAUUAAAUCACAUGGCAUUGAUAAAUGUGAAUGAUUUCAGUAAGUAG